AUGCUUUGCGGUUUACUCGGAGGAAAAUGAAGUCGGCCAUAUUGUGGUAGCCAGCAGUAACUUUCUUUGAGAGAACAAGAGUAAGGAGCUUUUUAUCGAGUUUGCUCGAGAAGAGGACGCAAGGAGGGAGUUUUAGCACCCAAACGAGGUGUUCUGAUACAGAAGUUAUCGUGGACGAGGAGCCGAAAGGCGAUAACUAGGACGCCAUGAGCGGCGGGACGCCUUACAUUGGCAGCAAAAUCAGCCUGAUCUCCAAGGCCCAGAUCCGCUAUGAGGGAAUAUUAUACACCAUCGACACCGAAAACUCCACCGUCGCGCUCGCCAAAGUGAAAUCAUUCGGCACUGAAGAUCGUCCCACAGACAGACCAGUGGCUCCUCGGGAUGAUGUCUUUGAAUACAUAAUUUUUAGAGGAAGUGACAUCAAAGAUCUAACUGUUUGUGAACCACCGAAGCCCAACAGCUCCUUGCCACAAGACCCAGCCAUUGUACAGUCAUCACUAGGCACUGCCCCAGCGCCAUCCUUCCAGCCUGUGGGUUCUUACGCAUCCUUAAGCCGACCUCCUGUGCGUGCCUACAGCCAGUUCUCCACUCCCCUUGUGCCCCAGCCCAUCGGUGCUCCUGUCACUGCAGGACGCAAGAGCCCGUCUCUGGAUGCCCUGCAGAAGAGCCCGACCAUUGACGCUGCGGUGCAGCCUGCUCCUCUUGCGCCGCCUACUGGAUCUGUGAGUCAGAAGAGUCCUGGAGGUGGCAGACCUCCUCCCGGCUCCCAGAAACAGCCUGCUGAGAGCCAGGAGCAAAGCAGGGCUGCUGAUGUAGAGAAGGUUGUUCGCCCAGAAACAGACUUGAGCAAGGCAGAGAAUCGGGAUGCCAGCAAACGUUCCCAAGGCACAGGUGCACCUGCAAUGCGAAGAGGAAGAGGAGGAACUGGUGGUAGUGGCGGUGGCACUGGUGGAAAUCAGCGCGGCCGGGGCCGAUUUAACAUGCGCAGAGACGGACCAAUGAAGUUUGAGAAGGAUUUUGACUUUGAGAGUGCCAACGCUCAGUUCAACAAAGAGGAGAUCGACCGCGAGUUCCAGAGCAAGCUCAAAAUUAAAGACGAGAAGGCGGUGAAUGGGGAAGACAAGGGUGACUCGGGUGUGGAGACACAAAACAGCGAGGGCAACAUGGAGGAGGAGGACCCACUGGGACCCAACUGCUACUACGACAAGUCCAAGUCCUUCUUCGACAACAUCUCCUGUGACGACUCCAGAAAAGAUAAACCUGGAGGUGGCAGGGAGCGGAGGCAGACCUGGGCAGAGGAAAGGAGGAUGAACGCUGAGACGUUUGGCCUCCCGUUGCGCCGAGGUCGUGGGGGUUUCCGGGGCAGAGGUGGCCCUAUGGGUUACCGUGGUGGUCGCGGGCGCGCGUCUGCACGCGGCUCUUUUGGCCCACCCCGAGGUGGAGCCGGAUACAGAGGAGGGUUCCGCUCGGGACGGGGAGGAAGAGGAGACUUCUCUGAAUUUGAGUACCGGAAAGACAACAAGGUGUCAGCGUAGUUCACCGGAGGAACAGCUGCAGUGUCUCCUACAGGCUGGGGUUCUCCUUCCCUUCUCUCUCCUUCCGCUUUCUGGUCUGUCCUGAAUCCCUAAAUGCAGCACGAGACGAGGCAGACUCCUUUCUGCUUUCCUUUUCUCCUUGUCUUUGUUUCUCUCUUCUUUUUUUUUUUUUUUUUUUUGUUAGAAAAGUAAACAAAACAAAAAAGCUGAUCUUUCUUUGAUACAGAAACAGAGGACUUUGCAAAAAAGAAAAAAGCGUAACUUUAGUGAAAUUACUUUUCAGUAUUUUUGCAUCAGCAUUUCCGUUCCUUUCUUACAGAACAAUAAUAAGGAUUGAAAUGUAUUUGAUAAUAUUCCUGUUGGUACAAACACACACAUACACACACACUGCCCGUUAAUACUGUGAGCUCCCAUCAGUUUAAUAGCUUUAUUGUUCUUUUCUAUCCUGUAUUAUAGAAGCACCAAGCCUGUGUGUCCUUUAUGGUCCUGAUGAAAGCUUCACUCUUACUGCCUAAACCACGUUUGUUAGACCUGUGACUCUGCUGCAACUAACUACAGCAUGCGAAUGAUGCAUCUCUCUCUCGCUUACCACUUUCUUUUGUAAGAUUUCAUCCCCUUCUUUUCCCAAGCUGACUGGUCAGAUCUCAUAGACUCGGAUCUCAAACAAGGCUGUAAAGAUAAAAAAAAAAACAACGACUGUAUGGUGAAUGUAAUGAUGUUGAUGCAAAGCCAGCACUCAGUGGGUUUUUGGAAAUAUUAUUAUUAUUAUUUUCUUGUCUAAGGAAUUAUUCCAGUAUGUCUUUUCAGUGCCAUUGUAGACAGGAAGUGUUCACAGUUCCCUGCUGGAAGAGACUGCCUUUUUUUUUCUUCUUUCUUCCCCUUUUUUUUAUUUUGGGAAAACGGACAGGACGGUGUAGAAAUUUGCAUGAGGUUGCGAGUGCAGUGGAUCUUGCCUUUCGAUGAUUAUGUAGAUGUCAUUUUGUCUGGCUCUUUGAUACUGUUUAAAUUUGUCGAGCCUUUACAUUUAAAGCACAAAUAAUCACCAAUUUACUGUCGGGUUCUUCAGGGAUUGUACAGCCAGCGCACCCUUUAACAGUAAGAUCAGAUCACUUCAACAGGAAAAAAAAAAAUUCAUUUGCACUUUAGAGAUGAAUAAUAAGUCCGUGAUUAUUUUUUUUUUAUUACAUUUUUUUUUUCAAACUUUAAAUAUGAGCAGCUCUGCAUUUUUUUUUUUAAGUCUUAAAAAGCUCAUAGACCCCACUAGAGGGAAAGUAAGGUGUGAAGAACAGAUGUGUUGGUGACGUGAAGUUAACGCUGGUGUUACAACAAAUCCAGCUGAUAGGUUUAGAGAGAUCACAGAUCUGCUCUCAGUGGGGAAAAAAAUCUUUUUAUGGUCAUGGAAAGGGUUUAAUCAGGAUAUAAAUUGUGAAGAAAUUAAUGCUGGACUUUGAAGAGUCCCUGCUUUAACAAAAAAAAAACAAAAAACAAGCCAUGUAGGUCUUGACGUUACCACUAACCUCUUCAGCUUGAUGUUCAACAGAAGAUAAUAGAAAAUAAUCUCCACUGCAGCUUGGUAAUGAACCUGGCUGUUGCCUUUAAUUAUACAGUUAACUAGUUACCGAGAUCAGACAGACGUUACCUCGGGAGCUGAUAGAUCUGUUACAUAACUAGCCAGGUUCAGUAUCAAGCGGUGAAGGUUAAGGCUUAUUGUCUCACUGAAAGCAGUAUUUUAUAUGAAGCAGUAAUGUUAAGCUAAAGAAGAGGAAAGGAGUGAUAACGGUGAUGUCACUAUCCUAUGGUCUUGUGAUUGGAUGAUUGUGCUUCACAGAUGGAUAAACAUGUGGUGUGUUCUCACAAAGGGAAUGUGUGUGUAAUGUGUGUGAGAGUGAGUGAGUAAGUUGUGCGUAAGGAGCGCUGAUCUAGACUCGGUUGAAUUUAGGAUCCUCGACCGUGCUUAACGAACGAACGCCAGCUCUUCAGAUGCUUUAUUGCGUCGUAUUUAAUUUUUGUUUUUUUUCCCCCCUGAAUGUUAAUGAAGCACUUUUUCGCUUCUCUGCCAGCAUUUAGGAGUUUGUACACAUUUUCUAAAAAUUGUUGGUUGUUUAUUUUCCAGAUGUGAAAGGUUUACAAUGAAAGAAACUCAUUCGCGCUUUGUUUUCUCGUCUCGUAUCGAUAAGACGCUGUAAGGUCCGUGUUCCUGUUGUGGCUUGAGGUUACCUUUGUGGCUGUUGUGUACUUCCUGUAGGCGUUAUGCGAUGAAUCUUACCUACAUGUGGUAUAUUAUAUUGGUCUAUUGGUAGGCAGCUAGUUAUAAAAAGCCCUGCAGUUUCCGAAUGAGCCGUCUGAUUGGAUUAUUUGUUCAUGACAUGCAGCAUAGCAUGAUGGAGAAAUGCCUUAAUGAGCCAGCAAAGUUGUCAUUAGUAUUUUGGGUUGUAUUGAGUACUCUCUUGCCCGUGUAGUGCACUACGCAGGCUGUGAUCUGAAGACUCGGAAAUCCUCCGAGUGUCAAAUCUCAGAGUGAGUGUGAGCGAGAGAGAGAGACCUGGACUGAUGCAAUAAUCACAUUAAUGCCCCUGCUGCCCCUCAUCUCCUCCUCCUGCUCAUGAGAGAUCGAGUGUACAGACAGUUUCAUUUUGUAAAGGUGAAUCAAUUGUUUUUCUCUCUUCUAAAAAAUAAUUUGAUUGGCUAAUGUGGUUUUUUUUUCCUGUUUUGUUUGUACUUCCUGAAUAAAGCAAUUGUACAGCAUGGUGUACUUUUAGUGACCAGGUUGAAUUUUUAUUCAGAAAAGAGAAAUAAAUAGUUGUUCAAA